UCAUCUGUCAAGAAAACAAAUUCACUUUUUUGCUUUUUCUUCGUCUUUAGUUUUUUUUAUUUGUUGAUAACAAAAAAUCAAGUAUUAAUUCGAUUUAUUGUAAAAGUGCACGUAUUAAUCUCAACAUGGAUCAACCGGACGAUCACUUUCGCUAUGUCUAUAGUUGUUCCCUUAAUCAACAUGUACAAAUUAAAAUUGGAACCUUAGAGGGUAAAAAACAAAAACCCGAUCAUGAAAAACUUCUUGAAAAUCGAAUCUUGGCCUUUUCAGGUCUCUAUUCAGAGACCUGUCCACCAUUUCAAGUGCGUUUGCAAGUCUACAAUAAAGGCAAGCCAUAUUGCUUGCCAGUGACAUCGUCUUACAAAGCUUUCACCAAACGCUGGAGCUGGAACGAAUGGGUAUCACUGCCAAUGUUGUUCUCCGAUUUGCCCAGAACCGCAAUUCUAGUGUUGACCAUUUUGGAUUGUGCUGGCGGUGGCCAGACAUCGAUUAUUGGUGGCACAUCGAUUUCAUUGUUUGGCAAGAAUGGAAUGUUCCGUCAGGGGAUGUAUGAUUUAAGAGUUUGGUUGGAUGUUGAAGGGGAUGGUGGAUAUCCUUCGAAGACUCCUGGGAAGGGGAAGGAGUCGAGUAAGUCACAGAUGCAAAGGUUGGGUAAGCUUGCUAAAAUGCAUCGAAAUGGACACCUUCAAAAGGUCGAUUGGCUUGAUCGACUUACAUUUCGUGAAAUUGAAUUGAUCAAUGAGAGGGAGAAGCGACUAUCGAAUUAUAUUUACUUGAUGAUUGAAUUUCCAACUGUUACAGUUGAUGGUUUUAAUUAUUCUAUUGUUUAUUUUGAGCCAGAAGGUGACAAGACCAACAAAAUCAUAUCAAAACCAAGGCUUGUCACUGUUCCAGAUUCGGAAAUAUUACAAGAAAACUUAGUAGAGCGCAAACACCAUCGACUAGCCCGUUCAGAAAGAUCUCGUAUAUCAGACCGUGAUGCUAAACCAACUGCAAGCAUUCGGGACCAGUUGCACACAAUUGUCUAUCGUUAUCCUCCAACUUAUGUGCUCAGCAGCGAGGAACAAGAUCUGCUUUGGAAAUUUCGCUUCUAUCUCAGUUCUCACAAAAAAGCUCUUACAAAAUUUCUCAAAUGCAUCAACUGGCAAACACCGGCCGAAGUUCUGCAAGCACUCAGUCUACUUGCCAAAUGGACGCCUAUGGAUGUCGAAGAUGCUCUCGAACUUCUGAGUCCCUCAUUCUCCCAUCCAGAUGUUCGAAAAUAUGCAAUAACACGUCUCAUGCAAGCACCCGACGAAGAUCUUCUUUUAUAUCUUUUGCAACUCGUUCAAGCGCUUAAAUAUGAAAAUAUUAAUAAUAUCAUCGAAUCGUACAAGUUAAUCGCUCCCGAAAGGGAUAUAAUAAAGUCGCUUGAUGAUCAUCUGUUCGAUCAGAGCUCUGGCUCAGAUGUUAGUUUAAGCGUUAGUACUAAGCAGCAACAACAAACACAAUCAGUUAUACAAAAGAGUUCAGUUCAAGUCGAAGUAUCGCAAAGAUCUCUGCCAAUGGCGAUAUCUGUUAAUUCAGUGGAUGAAGAUAAUGCACUAACGAAUCCUUCAAUUGCUUCAGUUACAUCGGAAGCUUCAAACACGCUAAUGAGUGAAAACAGCACUGGACCGAGUGACUUGUCGACAUUCCUCAUUCAACGAGCAUGCAAGAAUCCCACUCUGGCUAAUUACUUUUAUUGGUAUCUAUCAAUCGAAGUUGAAGAUCAAGAGUCGAUGAUUCGCAAGCAAGAUGAACGAGUACAUAACAUGUACGCUAUGGUAUUAAAAAUGUUCCUUAAAGUUCUUGAAAAUGGAAAUUUGCAACUAAAGCAUAUACAUGCCAGUCUUAAGAAACAACAACGUUUUAUUGAUGAACUAGUUAAACUGGUAAAGAUGGUUGCCAAAGAGCCAGGCAAUCGUAAUAAGAAAACUGAGAAAUUUAAGCAACUCUUAGCAGAGACUGAUGCAUUUAAGGUUAAUUUUACGAAAUUUGAAUCUAUUCCAUUCCCAUUGGAUCCAGAAGUUUAUAUCAAUGGAAUUUUGCCAGGCAAUACGUCAUUGUUUAAAAGUGCACUUAUGCCAGCCAAAUUAACAUUUGUAACUUCGAUAGCAGCGCACGAAUAUGUAGCCAUUUUCAAACAUGGCGAUGAUCUUCGCCAGGAUCAACUUAUUCUUCAAAUGAUCACUCUAAUGGAUAAAUUAUUGCGCCGGGAAAAUCUUGACCUUAAAUUGACACCCUACAAAGUUCUGGCAACGAGUUCGAAACAUGGAUUCUUACAGUACAUUGAUUCUUAUACUGUCGCCGAUGUCUUGGCCAAGGAAGGGAGCAUUCAUAAUUUCUUUAGGAAGCACAAUCCAUGCGAAACCGCACCAUAUGGAAUUACACCGGAAACAAUGGAUACAUACAUAAAGAGCUGUGCUGGAUAUUGCGUUAUUACAUAUCUGUUGGGUGUUGGCGAUCGUCAUUUGGAUAAUUUGCUUCUAACCACCAAUGGUAAACUGUUUCACAUUGACUUUGGAUACAUCCUGGGACGAGAUCCAAAACCAAUGCCACCACCAAUGAAACUAAGCAAAGAAAUGGUUGAAGCUAUGGGCGGUGUUAGCUCAGAGCAUCAUCAUGAAUUCCGAAAACAAUGUUAUACUGCCUACCUGCACUUGCGACGACAUGCAAAUGUUAUGUUAAAUUUAUUCUCUCUAAUGGUUGAUGCCUCAGUUCCAGAUAUUGCUCUUGAGCCGGAUAAGGCUGUCAAAAAAGUUGAAGAGAAUCUACAACUUGGUCUGACGGACGAAGAAGCUGUCCAGCAUUUGCAAGGAUUACUGGACGUUUCGAUAUCAGCUGUGAUGCCAGCAUUAGUUGAACAAAUACAUAAACUUGCACAGUAUUGGCGAAAAUAAUUCAUAAAAGAAGAAAAUAUAGAAUAUGUAAGCAAUGUGUUAAGAGUAGUAGUUGUUGUAAAUAAGCAACUACAUUUAUACUCUAAUAAAAAAUCAAUUUUUAUUUAUAUUUAUUAACAAGAAAUAUAUAUGUAUGUAUUUAGUAGACAACUUAAAAGUAAAUAAAUAUAAACUAUUUUCUUAAAAACUGAAACUCAGAAUAAUAUACAUAACAAAAAAAAAAAAAAAAA